GGAAGUGCAGAAGUUGUUGAGAAGCUGCCCGUGACUCAGAACAACCUCGAGAUCUGAAGUGAUGGCUGAACCCAGAAUAUCUUCCAUUGAUGGGAAGUUAGCUGAGGAAUUUGCUGUUCCCUCCCAUGUCGAGGAGGUCAAAGAGAAGAUGGCCACUUUUGCCGAGCAUCAUGCGGCAGCAGGUCGCAGGGUGGUCCUCAUCACAUCAGGAGGCACCAAAGUUCCCCUAGAGUCCCGCACUGUUCGCUUCCUUGACAACUUCAGCAGCGGCAGACGAGGAGCCUCCUCAGCAGAGUAUUUCAUAGAGUCGGGCUACGCCGUUAUUUUCCUACACAGGCAUCGCUCACUCUACCCCUACACACGUAUGUUCUCCACCAUGAACAUCCUGGAUGCCCUGAAGUUCAGAGGUGGAGAUGGAGCAUCCAGUAACUCUGGUGAAGUGGUGGUUAACCAGCAGGUACUUCCAAACAUUGCCAAAGUGCUGAAGCGAUACCAUGAAGUGAAAGAAAACAGACUUCUUCUGCCCGUUGAGUUCAACACCCUGUCAGAGUAUCUGCAUCUACUCAAAGCAGCAGCACAGGCACUCAGCACAAUAGGAUCCAAGGCCAUGUUUUACUUGGCUGCAGCGGUGUCUGAUUUCUAUAUCCCAGCAUCAGAGAUGCCUGAACACAAAAUCCAGUCGUCCAAUGGACCUCUUCAACUCAGCAUGAACAUGGUCCCAAAGAUUCUGUCCCCUUUAGUUAAGGACUGGGCACCUCAGGCAUUUGUCAUAUCUUUUAAGCUGGAGACAGACGCAUCCAUUCUGCUGGAUAAGGCUCGACGGGCUCUGGAGACCUACAGGCACCAGGCAGUGGUGGCCAAUGUACUGGACUCUAGACGGGGUUAUGUGGUGGUGGUGACCCCUGAGACUCAGGCUGAGCUGAUCCUCACAGAGGAAGAUGAGAAGAAUGAAGUGGAGAUAGAGGUCAGGAUAGUGAGCAACCUCACAUCAGCACACAACAAGUUCAUAAUUCAACAAGGGGGUUGAUGAUAAUCAUGUAUACUGCAUGUACGAGUCAGUGGAGCAGCUGUAAAUUGUUGUGUCUGUGCUUUCCUGAUCCUGAGCUUGGCUUAAAUUUACACUUGCCUGUUCUGCUGACAUGUUACUGUAUAUUCAGUAUGUUGUACGUUUGCACAACCGUGGAAAUGACUAACUGUACACACAACACGCCUUCCCUGGUCUUUUAACAUGCUCUAAAAACAGACCUCUAAGCUUAUAAAUGCUGUGUCCAUACAGGGAUGAUAUACAAGUUACUAAGAGUUUAUAAAAUGUUUAUUCACAUUGCGCAGUGAUCUAGCACAGGAAAACAUUUUGAAUUCUUUUCUACAACACUGACUGACAGUUGAAUAAUUCAGUGAUAUGCUAUACUGCAAGGGUCACCUAUAAUAAAAAUUGGUACAUGCCAUUCCUGUUUUUCAAUCCCAUGGUUUCAUUCAGCGACAUAUUUUGGAUUCUUUCUUGGUUACUUAAGUUUGACACUCUUCUUGACACCAGCACGAAUACCAGACAUCUCUCCGCUGUACCGUGUCUCCUCCCGACGAACCUCACGGACCUGGUGAAUAUGAACAACAGCCUCAGAAUCGAUCUUGGAAAUGUGUUUGACAUAUCGACAUGUACGCCUGAUCCGAACUGAUGAGCCUGCAAACAGUCCCUUGAAGCUUUAUGAUGCACUUCAACAGUGUAAUAAAAAUGUUCUCAUCAACGUGUGGAGUACAAACCUGGCCCUUUCUGCGGAUCUUGGCCCGUCUGAACUUCUCUCUGUGCUUGACUCUGGGAUUGCGGUCAAUUUUCUUCCUCUUUGGUGUGAGCCCCUUGUUCUUGGCCAUCUGUGGAAUUGAUAAAGG